AUGAAUCCUUUACAAUCCAUUAAGGAGGAAUUCCAUGGAUCGAGCUCACUGCAUUCUGGUGAACCAUUAAUGGGUAUUCCUCAGCCAUUGGAGGGGCUCCAUGAAACAGGCCCUCCACCUUUCCUCAAAAAGACUUAUGAACUUGUUGAUGAUCCAAACACGGACGAUGUCGUUUCUUGGAGUAGAGGUAACAACAGUUUCAUUGUUUUGGAUCCACAGGCCUUCUCCACGAAACUUCUUCCUAGGUGCUUCAAACAUAAUAAUUUCUCAAGCUUCGUCCGACAGCUUAAUACUUAUGGAUUCAGGAAGGUUGAUCCAGACAAGUGGGAGUUUGCUAAUGAAGGUUUUUUGAGGGGGCAAAGACAUCUUUUGAAAAACGUAAAGAGGAGAAAAACGUCGUUGAAUCCUCAAGCUUCACAUCAAGGUUUCGACUCAUAUGUUGAAGUGGGAAAGUUUGAUUUGGAUGCAGAAAUAGAUCAGUUAAGGCGCGACAAACAGAUUCUAACUGCGGAAUUGGUGAAACUCAGACAACAACAGCAGAAUACUAAUGCAUACCUUAAAACAAUGGAACAAAAGCUGAAAUGGACAGAAAUGAAACAACAACAGACGAUGAGUUUCUUGGCAAAGGCAAUUCAAAAUCCUAAUUUUUUACAACAGAUAGUCCAGCAGAGAGAUAGAAGGAAAGAACUAGAGGAAGCCAUCAGUAAGAAGAGGAGGAAGAGAAUUGAUCAUGGUCGAGCUCACGUCGGUGAAGAUUCUAAUACUUACAUUGACAAUGAUGAAGUCGAAGAAUUAGUCGAGAUAGGGGAAGGAAACAUUUUUGUUGAACCUCAAGAAUAUGGUGAUAUUAUUGGAGAACCAAGUGGAAUCUCAAUGCACAAGGAGGAAGAACAUUUACAGAAGAACGAUGACAUAGAAAAUCAAGAAAAUGCAGACAAGUCUUUUCAUGUAGGAUUUUGGGAAGACCUUAUAAAUGAGGGUAUUGACGAUGAGAUUGGGACAUUUGUAGAUGAGGGAGAAGUUGAAGAAGAUGUAGAUGUUUUAGCUGAGCAGCUUGGUUUCUUGGUAUCUAGCCCUCGAUAG